GACGAGUCUUAGCUUAGAUACAAAUUUGCUCGUCCUUAGCUGGACACACGUCGCUCUCUCUUCUUCCCGUCUAAUCUUCUUCAGCGACAGAGAAUAGGAAUCAGCUUCCCAGCAUCAAACAAAUCGUCUCCCUCUUCCUCACUUUUGAUUGAUAAUACUCAGGAGUUAAAGUUCAAGCAGGGAGGCCCUUUGUGGUAUGUAGAUGAUAUAUAAUCAAGAACCAUCCAUUUUCUCAAGCAGUACAGAAACGAAGGAUGUAAAGGGUUGAAGAAAUGACUCGUCAUAUAAAAUGACUCGUCUCUCUUCCAUCUCUCCGCAGAAACCAAAGCAAAGGAAGAAAAAUAUGGCUCAAACUCUCGAUUGGAAUGUUGUUAUUGAUGAAAAAUCUCAGGGGUUUAUGAGAUCAUAGAAGCUAUGGGAAUGGCGUCCAUGAGCAGCUCUAGUGGAGAAAGCCUUAAACUUUGCGUGUUUGACUUGAGGAGAGGCCAAAAUGAAGGACAGGAGCUUGACAAGAUCUUGUUCUUCUUUCCUCCUGAUGUAUCUUUCUCCUCUCAGCUCUCUGUUAUCGGCCUCAGCGAAGGCCUUAUCAUAUUCACCAGACUUUUCUCACCAGAAGCAGCUUGUGAGGUAAUAGAAGAGAGAGACAUUCUCAUGUCUUCUAUGAAGCCGAGCCUGAUAUAUGGAUGGUCAUGGUUGUAGAGAAAAAUAAGGAGAUUGAAGCCAUAUGGAGGGUUGAUGCAUUGCAGAAGGUGCUAAAGAAAGUUCAUUCCCUCUUUGUUAUGUUUCACGGAUCAGUUAGGUCAUUGCUUGAUAAAGAACCAUCUGGUGGGCUUAUCGGAUCACACUUGCAGUUAUAUGUUUUGUUUUGGAAUUUUUAAACCUAAGGACCAACCAAAAGUCCCACCAAUAAUCACAAAUUUCAUUAAAGUUCCAUAACAAUGUCCUAAACUACAAAUAUUAAUAAAAAACUCUAAGGACUUGCUAAAAAGUCCCACUGAAAA